AGUCUGUCUUGAAUUUCCGCUUUCGACCUUUGACACGCUAGUCUGAAAAGAUCUUCAGAAAGGCGUCUUGUUUUUCCUUACAAUGUCAGCAUCGGCAGCAAAUUUAGUUGAAAGAAUAUUUGAUGAAAUGUCCUACGGUCCUGCACCAGAAGAUCCCAAGAAUGCAUUUGCAUGGUUAGAUGAACAUGAUAGAAAAUUCGGACAUUUUAUUGAUGGAAAAUGGUAUAAACCGGAAGGUCGAGAGUAUGUUUUCUCAAAAAAUCCCGCAAAUGGUGAAAAAUUAGCCGAAACUAUGCAAGGAGCAGAUGAAGAUGUUGAAUAUGCGGUUGGCUGUGCUAGAAAAGCUUUCCAAACUUGGAGCACUUUACCUAAUCAUAUUCGAGCUCGUCACCUUUAUAGGUUCCAGCUUAAUGAUUGUAUAAGUUUGUCUUCAAAAUUUAAUUGCGUUUUUAAUAUUUCAGCUUUGCCAGACAUGUUCAAAAGCAUCAACGAUUGUUGAGUGUUAUUGAAAGUUUGGACAACGGUAAACCGAUCAGGGAAACUAGAGAUGCCGAUGUGCCCUUAAUCGUUCGCCACCUGUAUCAUUACGCUGGUUGGGCUCAACUUAAAGAUGUUGAAAUGAAAAACUGGAAGCCAAUCGGUGUCAUUGGUGCUAUAGUACCCUGGAACUUUCCACUUAUGCUUUUGACUUGGAAAAUAGCUCCAGCUCUAGCUAUGGGAAAUACUGUUGUUCUUAAGCCAGCAUCUUACACCAGAUUGACAGCCCUAUUACUUGCCGAAAUCGCUAAAGAAGCAGGUAUACCUGACGGUGUCUUCAACGUUGUAACGGGAAAUGGAAGAUUCGGAAGUAAAUUAGCUAGUCACGAUGAUGUCGAUAAGGUUGCUUUCACUGGUUCUACUGAAGUUGGGCAGCUUUUAAGAAAAUUAACUGCUGGAACGGGAAAAAAGAUUUCACUAGAACUUGGUGGAAAAUCUCCUGUUGUUGUUUUCGAAUCUGCUGAUCUUGAUAGUGCUGUUGAAGGUAUCGUCGAUGCUAUUUGGUUCAAUCAAGGACAAGUCUGUAGUGCAGGAUCAAGAAUCUUUGUUCAAGAAACAGUUUACGAUACAUUUUUAAAGCGGCUUAAGGAACGAUUAUCCCAUUGGAGAGUUGGAGAUAGUUUGGAUAAAGCAGUGGAUAUGGGAGCUCUAGUCGACGAGAGUCAAUUGACUACGAUAAGAAAGUAUGUCCAAACGGCAAUCGAUGAAGGUGGCGAAGUAUUUCAGCCGGAUAUUAAACUUCCAGAAACUGGUCUAUUUUAUCCACCAACUCUUAUUACGAACGUUCAAACAGCAUCGACAGUAUUUUUAGAAGAAAUUUUUGGACCAGUAGCGGUUCUUUUACCUUUCAGAACUGCAAAGGAGGCAGUCUCCCUAGCGAAUAAUACCAAAUUUGGUUUAGCUGCUAGUGUCUGGACCGAGAAAACUUCUUUAAAUUUAGAAGUUGCCUUACUUAUUAAAGCUGGAGCAGUUUGGAUCAAUUGCCAUAAUAUGUUCGAUGCUGCAGCUGGCUUUGGUGGUUACCGCCAAAGCGGUUAUGGACGAGACGGUGGGAAAGAAGGUUUAUAUGAGUACGCAAAGCCGUCAUGGGAGACAAGAUGUCGGCCUGUGGUUACGGAGAAUGUCAGCGAAUUUGGAAAGCCUGUUCCUGGGCUACCGAAAUUACCAACAGCAGCUGAUUCGACAAAAAAUCCUAAAAUAGACAGAACCUACAAAUUAUUUUAUAGUGGUGGCCAAAAAAGACCUGAUGGACAAUAUAGUAGACCAGUUUACACCAAAAGCGGUCAGAUGAUUGCUCAAGUAUCUGACUCUAACAGAAAAGAUGUACGUGAGGCUGUCGAAGCUGCCCAAAAAGCUUUGCCUGGCUGGUCAAAGAGAGCUGCUCAUAAUAGAGCACAGAUUAUUUACUAUUUAGCUGAAAAUCUUGAAUUGAGAAGAAACGAGUUUUCUGAAAUGUUACAACAAUUGACAGGCGUUAGUGAGAAAGAUGCUCUUCUCCAAGUUGACAAAAGUAUUGAACGAUUAUUUUACUGGAGUGCUUAUGCAGAUAAGUAUGGUGGAACUGUACAAGAAACACUUCUUUACGGGGCUACAGUCAAAAUACACGAACCAGUUGGAUUGAUAGCUAUUAGCUGUCCAGAUGAGGAACCACUGUUGAGCUUUAUUUCACUAUUAGCUCCAGCUGUAGUAAGAGGAAAUGUAGUCGUGAUGGCAGCUAGUGAUAAAUUCCCUAUUCCUGCUAUUGAUCUAGUUCAAGUUCUAGAAACAUCAGAUGUACCAGCUGGGGUAGUAAAUGUUUUGACUGGAAACAAAGAUCAUAUUACCAAAUAUCUAGCUGAACAUCAGAAUGUCGAAGCCAUGUGGUAUUUUGGAGGAGCAUUAGGAUCGAAAUUUGUUGAGUACGAGUCGGCGGUAAACCUUAAGAGAACAUGGGUAAACUACGGCAAAGAGAGAAACUGGUCGAAUGACGAACAAGGUGCUGGUGAAGAAUUCUUAUAUCAUACAACCCAAGUGAAAAAUAUUUGGAUACCAAUGGGCGAUAUAUUUGCCAAUUAAACAAACUAGCAUUGCCAUUACUAUGAGUUUGAUUAUGAAUUAUUCAGAAUUAUCCAAUGUUGAUAGAUUAGAAAAGUCAAUGUACUUCCCUUCAUAAAAUAGCUAAAAAUAAAAAUACGCAAAUGCUAACGAAAAAUAUUUGGUUAAAUUUCCAUUACAUAAAAUGUGCUUAUGAAUGGGGAAAGUUUUGAAUACGGCAACACUGUUUAAUUUAAAUAAACAACUAAUGUAUUAGUAUACAAGUAUUAUAUGAAAUAAAAGUACUAUUAUUGUCAUAAUUUCAAAAGAAAAUUAAUACCAUUUUAUGCAUCUAUCUCCUUUAUUCAAUAUAUCAAACAAAC